GGGCAGUCCCAUCACAGCUGAAACCCGCCGCAGGGCGUUAGCUUUCCUUCUGAGGACGGGAAGCUCCCUGAAAUAGAGGCACCGACCACCUUAAAUACCGGGGAGCUCUGCACCUGCCAACGUCAUCAACGACAAACGGGCAUCUUCACCUCCACAACAAAGACAGCCCGCGAUGGAUUUCUCCGACUUUGAAGUUAUCGACCCAAUCGCCGAGUUUGGCCAUGAGAGCAGCGACGAUGAGGAUGCGCAGCCGCCGUAUGCGCAUCUUCAGGGCGGUCAUCCCCCGUGGCAGGGCCAUGCGGGUAAGCUAGUCGGUGUUGUUGACAUGGGCAGCAAUGGAAUUCGUCUCUCAAUUUCCGACCUUUCGAGCCCAUUGGCUCGUAUGCUUCCUACCGUUUACCAAUAUCGCGCCUCCAUUUCUCUGUACGACUCUCAAUAUGAUCCCGAGACUGGAGAUCAGAUUCCCAUCCCUGACGAUGUCAUCGAGUCUGUCGUUUCAGUCUUGAGUCGGUUCGUUGUUAUUUGCGAGGACUUUCAGUGCAAGAAGGAGAAUAUCCAUGUUAUCGCGACCGAAGCCACCCGCGCUGCCCUCAAUUCGAAGCAGUUCUUGGCUGCUAUCAAAGACAAAACUGAUCUAACAGUUGAGCUUCUACCUAAAGAGGAAGAGGGCCAGAUUGGUGCCCUAGGUAUCGCCAGUGGCUUCUCUGACAUGGAGGGCCUGGUAAUGGACCUUGGCGGUGGCAGCACCCAGAUUACCUGGAUGCUCAGCUCGGGCGGUCAGGUUCGCAUGAGUCCCAAAGGCAGCUUCAGUUUCCCAUAUGGAGCUGCUGCUUUGACGAAGAAGCUCCACGAUCUUCGUGACGGUAAGAAGAAGGAUGAAGCCGAUGCAGCUGUCAAGGCUUUUGAGAAGGAAAUGAUCGCCAACUUCAAGGACGCAUACAACAAUCUGCAGAUCCCCGCCGAGAUGACCGAGAAGGCUGAGAAGGAAGGCGGGUACCGUAUUUAUCUCUCCGGAGGUGGUUUCAGGGGGUGGGGAUAUUUGCUCCUGUACCUGAAUCAGACGGAUGGCAGCUACUAUCCCAUUUCCAUUAUCAAUGGAUACACUGCCAAGCGCAAACAGUUUGAGGACACUGAGGCUCUCAAGCAUGUCGCUCAUGCCGCGAAAGACAUUUUCCGUGUUUCUGAUCGUCGAAGAUCCCAGGUUCCCGCGGUCGCGUUCCUUGUCAAUGUUCUUUCAGAAUCAAUUCCUGGAGGAAUCAAAGAGGCACACUUUUGUCAAGGUGGUGUAAGAGAAGGCUUUCUCUUCCGCCAGCUUUCACCAUCUAUUCGAGCUCAGUCUCCCCUAGAGGUUGCCACAGGCUACUUUGCCCCGGGUUCGCGACAUCUCAUUCAGCAAUUGCUCAAGAACGCAAUCCCGAAACCUUCUAAGAAGAAGGAGUUCCCAGAGGAGUUCGGCGAGCCUGUUGUUGACUCCUUCGCCAAUGCGAUGUAUCUCCACAUGUUCAUGAGUAAGGAGACGGCCUCGACGACGGCGCUGUACUCAACCAGUGUCGGAAACAUGUCUGCGAUCCAUGGUGUUUCGCACCAAGAUCGAGCAAGGUUGGCCUUGAUGCUCGAGUCCAGAUAUGACGGUGAACUUCCUCCUCGUGAGCUAGAGUUCCGUGAGUCACUUCGUGACAUGCUCACGCCUGAGGAAGUCUGGUGGGCAUCAUACCUCGGCAGGGUCGGACAACUCAUCACCGCGCUCUACCCAGCCGGUAAGAUCCACAAGUCGAAGCCACGCGUGGUGUUCACUUCUCAGUGGUCGUACACUUUGGGCAAGAAGAAGAAUAAGGAAGGUCUUCUGCUCACAAUCUCGGUACAGAAGACACACGAUGACCCAGCAAGAACAAAAGAGGCUGUCAAGAAUGCGGCGAGUAAUGUGGAAAAGAUUGGAAAGAAGAAGAACUGGAUUGGAGAUGAUGAGCCUUGGGGAAUGAAGGUUAAGGUCAAGGUUGUAGAGGAGGGUAUUCUCUCUGAGGAGAUGGAGAAGCUGAAAAUGUAGGAUAUCAUGAUUUUUGUUUCGGAAAUUGUGGAAAAGCAUAUUGGGCUUGAUUUUGGGAAUUGCCAAAGGGUACACUAGAAGGCAAAGGAAGGGCAGAAUGUAUGAUGGUACUGAUUAGCUGAUUUGGAACAAAUUGAGUAUGUUUCGUCUUUUGCCCACCGUCACCCCCGUUAUACUUUCGGCUUACCUCUACUCUAAUAACCAGUGCACACCCUGAAGGAGAUCCUGCAGCCACUUCUUGGAAACAGGCAAGUCAGGGCAAGUCGUCCAGAAGCCAUGAGGUAACCCUGAGUAGAUGUGUGACUUGGUUGGCAGCCCGACUUCUUGGAGCAGUUGAUCGAGAAGAAUAGCUUCAUCCCGUCGCGGAUCCCAA